AUGCUUGGCGGCUUUCUCUUCUUCUGGGGUAUGUUUCUGCCACUCAAUUACAUCAUCAUCCAGGCGCAGGCCAGCGGCAUCACCCCUAAACUCAUUCCGUACCUGUUGCCCAUCAUCAACGCUGUCAGCCUUAUCGGCCGCCUGACAGCAGGAGCACUCACAGAUAUCAUCGGCCAGUAUAACUGCAUGUUGAUGAUCACUGCCCUCACCGGGAUCUUGACACUCGUGCUGUGGAUCCCAGGUAGCAACAGCACAGGCGCCAUCAUGGCGUACGCUGUUGCUUUUGGCUGCGGCUCGGGAGGAUACGUUUCCAUCUUUCCUGGCUGCGUCUCGCAGAUCAGCCCCAUUGCAGAGAUUGGAACCCGAAUUACACUGGCUGCGCUUGUCAAUGCCUUUGGAGCUUUGACUGGUAGUCCACUUGGCGGUGCAUUGAUCUCUAACAAGAACGGGAGUGGCAACUCCUUCAUGGAUUUGCAGCUGUUCUGUGGUUGUACAAUGAUUGCUUCCGUCUUUGCGUACGGAGCUGCGCGGUAUGCUCAAGUUGGCUUCAAAUGGACCAAGGUGUAG